AUGGAUUUAGAUAGUAACAAUACCAAAUCCAUUAAGAGAAACGUUGUGGACCAACUUGUUGAAGGCUACGAAUCCGCUACUCAGCUUCAGCUUCUCCUCUCUCAUCAACAAUCUAAUCACCACAUGGAUCAGACCCGUAUUGUUUCCGGAGAUCCGGAUCUAGUUAAUAAGCUCAUGACUAAGGUCUUGGAUUCUUUCCAAAAAACCAUACCUGUUCUUGAUUCUUUUGACCAAGUCACCAGCGCUUCCGUCGUCGUUGAGGGUUCACGGAAUGCUUCAUGCGGAGAUGAUUCCGCGACUCCGGUGACUUGCAACGGUGGAGAUUCCGGUGAUAGUAGAAAGAGACUUGGCGUUGGUAAGAAGGGUAAAAGAGGAUGCUACACUAGAAAGAAGAGAUCACAUAGUUGGACUGUGGAAGCUAGAAGUAUUGAUGAAGACAAAUAUGCUUGGAGGAAAUAUGGACAAAAACAGAUUCUUAAUACCAAAUUCCCAAGGAGUUACUUUAGAUGUACACACAAGCCAACACAAGGAUGCAAAGCAAUAAAGCAAGUCCAGAAACAAGAGCAUGACCCUAAUUUGUUUCAAAUCACAUAUAUUGGUCACCAUACAUGUAAUGCUAGUGAUGGAAUACAAGCAAAGACCGAGCCUUUUGAUCACGGAAUAAUCAUGGAUUCAGACAACACAUUGGCUGCAACCAUUGAUCAGGACCAUGUCAACCCAUAUAUACAAGAGCAAGAAAACGACCUUAGUAGCCUGAUCGUAGUAGCAAGCAUGGUGAAGGAGGAGGAUAACAACAAUGGUGAUCAGAAUAAAGACAAUUGUGAGGGUUCUUCCACGUAUAGUGAUUUGUCAUUAGUUUGGCCAGACGUGAUGAUGGUUGAUGAUCAUCAACAUCAUAAGAAUCACUACUAUCAUGGUGAAGCUAGUACUACUUCUCAUCAAUUCUCUUUCAUUGACAAUGAUCAACUCUCCUCCUUAUUUGAUUCAUACUGCCCUUAUGAAGGAGCAAGUGCUAUAUGAACAUUUGAUAUAUCUUAGCUAGGUAUAGUAUUUUCUCUUCCUCUCUGUUUUAGUAUGUUUAGUGGAAUGUAAUAUUUUUGUUGUAUGUUUGAUACAAUACUGUUUCUGCAUUUCUAUUGUUUCAUUUUCUUUGAACUUGCUCUUGAUGUUUUGGACGUGGUACUACUAUCAA